CUCAGUCCGUGUCACUCGGACCCAUGGCGGAAUACGUACGGCAACAAAGCCAAACAAACGACCUUUUCGCAGGCGCUGGGAAUGGUCCCCGGGCAGGUGUCCUCGGCCGACAGAGAGCAAGGGCCGAGAAGGGUUAGAAAUCCGAAAGGGGGGCGGAAGGGCCGGGGCCAAGGCGUGUUGCGACCUUGCCAUACGCAUUCGACAUUUGGCCUGAGUGUCCGUGACGUCACGAUAACUAGUGGAAAAAGUGAAGAUGGCUGCCCUGGAUGACAGCCUCACACACUUUGAGGGGCAAAAAUGGUCCUUGCUGGCCGAAAGGCUUGGCAUGAGUAGUCCCACAAGUGACUCAGAAGAUGAGGAAAACACGAAAGUUAGGCGGGAAUCGACGACGACUCGUCUUAAAAAAGAAGAAAUGGCCAUAUAUGGCUAUUGUCCCCGUUGGGAAGACUUCUACCUGGUGGUUUGUGACGUGUGUGGACGUGCGGUGAAACCACAAGCCCUUAAACAGCACAUAGAAUUGCGACAUGGGGGGUUGUCCAACCCUGUUAAAUCUUCUGGAGGAACCAAAUCAUCAGUGUCAUCGGGCAGCAAAUCAUCCAAGACCAGAAAUCGAGCACAUACCAUUAAUCCUGUAGUAAAGCUGGAGGGAAGAAUCGACAGUAGUGAGUCCUUGGUGGGGGACCGUACAUCACAAGUGGCUGGAGAGUCUGGCAUCAACAGCAGCAGUAUAAACACGAGGGUGUUGCCCGAAUCCCCUGUGUGCGAGUUACUGCCAUCCCCAAGUGGCCUGUCACUGUCUCAGCUAAAGACAGAGGUCAAGACAGAAGAAAGUCUGGAUAGUGGGCCCACCUUGGUACCGCCUCCACAGCCCCUCCCAACGUCCCUGCCCCCACCGGCCCCUCCGGAGCCGCAGCAUCCAAUGCCACACCCCAUUUCACACGCUGGCCCUCCACCCAGUGUGGGGCCCCCCAGCAUAGGACCACCCAGUGUGGGACCCCCAAGUGUGGGUCCUCCCUCUGUUGGUCCUCCCAGUGUGGGCCCUCCCAGUGUGGGUCCACCAAGUGUUUCCUGCCCCAGUGCUACACACCCAAGCCUCACCACGUACAGUGUGCCCCCAGCCACCAUGGCGGGUACAACCCUGGCAGGGGUGCACAUAGCCAGCCAGAGUGUGUCAAGUGUUGAAGAGGAAGUCAACAAGAUCUCCGCCAUGCUGCAGGCUGAGGCAGAGGCAUUAACGGCCUCCCAGAACCUCAUUGCCAGCUCCAACAUGGACAUGGGCACAGGCAUUGUAGGGACUCACGACAUUGUAGAGGCGCAGGGCUUGGCGGGUGGCAGUGUGACCAGCAAUGGCAGCUCCUUGAGUGCGGGGCCUGGUGGAAUGAUCUCCAACUCACAGGCCAUGGGCUCGGUGCCGGUGCCAAUGAGCCAUAUGUCCAUGGCCACCCUGAACCAGAUUCAGGCCGACCUGCUGGCCACUGUCAGUGAGUCGGACCUCAAUGCCGUGCUCAACGCCACUCCUGAUUCCUCAGACCUGGCUCAGACCGUUCUUCCCAAUAAUUCUCAGUGCUACUUAAAUGAAAGCGGUAAUAUUACCUAUUUGGACCAACAGACUGUAAAUACGGACAAUUAUGUUGAACCUCCACAUUUAAGUAAUCAGAAUGUGUUACCACAACAGUACAAUAAUGAACAGUUAUCAAUGCCCGUUCUAGAGCAAAUCACAAAAGAGGUGUUGUUGGAAGCCGAUCCCUCGACUCACAACUUUCAGGCUGUGUCGAGUGGAGUGCAGGGACAGUACACCAACACUACUCAGUCUGAUCUUAUUGAAGUACCUGUAGACUCAUUUAGUUUUGAUGAGAUUGAGAAAAUAUCGUCACAGUGUGAUGAGCUAACGAAAGCAGUGAAUUCUAUAAGUCAGUUGUGUCAGCAGGGGGGUAACAGCGGGCUGGAGUCGCAGUUGGCAGGCUUACUGCAGCAGCCAAGCUCCACCCCUGCGCCAUCCCCCUCCCCCGGCGCGACGGGCAUCCCGGUAGGUAACUCCAUCAGUGCUGCGCCUACCCUUGGGACAACGGCGACCAGCCAAGGCAUCACAGUGGUCAUUGGGGCUGGUGCGCAACCGUCUGUUACGACUGUGACGACGCAACCCUCUCUCUCUAUGCCUACCCUGGCUGCCACCCUAAAGAAACCUGUGGUGUCAACAGCGGGGGGACAGCACCUGGUAUCCCCAGGGCCCGCCACCUCCACACACACCCCGUCCCACACACCCACUCAUACACCUUCUCAUACCCCCACACACACACCCACGCAGCACACUACAACCAGCAGCAACACAACCCUCACGCCGGUGCCCCCCACGCCCUCGCCCAAAAAAUCCAACAAAAAGAAGAAGCCAGGCGAGAGGAAGCUACUGCCACUCAAGGACCGCGAGUACGACCCAGAGGUACACUGCGGGGUGGUGGUAGCUGAGACAGGCAAGCCCUGCACGCGCUCCCUUACCUGCAAGACGCACUCGCUAUCGCUGCGCCGUGCUGUGCCCGGGAGGUCCAAAAAGUUUGAUGACCUGCUCCUGGAGCACCGAGCGGCCAAAGAGGCACAGACGCGGGCUGCCAAACCGCCCGACGCAGCAGCAGGCCAGAUUCAGGGCACCCCUCCCCGCGGGCCGGCCAUGGCCACCACCAGCAGUGGAGGGAUGGUGGUGGGGGGAGCUGCGGCUACCUCCCCCCUCCUGGUAAAAACCCUGGGGGGCACCGCACCCACCCUCGUGGCAGCGGGCGACCCCUCUCCCAACCCCACCCUACACCAUCCCAUGGAUCCUCCCAGCACCCCGUCGCACAUCCAUGCCACGCCCCCCUCUCCUGCAUACUGGCCGCCCACUCCCAGGAUUGCUCCGGCUCUCGUACCUGCCGAUAAUUUUUAUGUCCGUGAGCCUCCCAAACCUCUCGCUACGUGUUCAUAUAACUGCAGAAGAUUGGGUGGCCACCUGGCAACAGACCACCGUGCUGACCUGUUGCGCAGUGCAUUCCGAAAUGCCCUGAAAAAGCCGCACCCAGCCUCUGUUCUCAGUGACUCUAGCAUUAGCAAUACUUUAAACAUUGGUGGUACACCAGAUAGAUUCGUCAAUGUGAAGCCGCUGCUGGCCAAGAAGCUGCAGUUGACGGUGCCGUCAGGCUCAGCCAGUAAGGAUGGCAUCAGUGUGAGCACGGGAUACAAUGGCCACAUCCAUGUUGGCAACAGUAUGGGCAUCGUGAACAGCAGUGCGCUGGCGGCCACGCUUAAGCGGCCCACACAGCCAGACGCCCUAAAAAAUAAUGCUACACCUAUCACGAGUGCCAAAAAUAAAAAUAAAAAGGUAAAGACAAACGAUGGUGCUAUCAAUAUUGUGGGGAACGUGCUGCAACUGGACACUGGUGGGAGCAAGAACCACAUUCCUGUUGUUGUCAGCUUGCAAAAUGGCUUGUCCAACACUCAAACUAUAACCUUAAGUAACGUGGCCAUCGCAGGGGUCAGAAACUCGACCACGCAACCUAUCCGUAUCAACCCCUCCACAACCACCACGCUGGUGAGAGACGCACAGGUGACGGACGCACGGCCGGGCAGCAGUGAUAGCACCAACAUUGUCUUGCCCAGUGGUAUUGUGAUAUCGGACGCAUUAGCAAAGUCGUUCAAAAGUGACAGUGCGGGCAGCAUUCGGUUAGAACUUCACAGCAAUACCUUUGGCGAUGCCUCCAGAUUGGUCACAAAUACUGCCAAAGUGAGUGGCAGUGGCAUAACAAACACAGUUGGUUCCGGUGGUGCUGUUGGUGGCGUUGGUGGUGGUGGGAGCAGUACUGUUGGUGGCGGUGUAGCGCCUGGCAGCACAGCCGGUCUGGCACCAGGUCAGGUUACCUACUUGACUUCUGCGGUGCCUGGUGGAGGAGGAACCCCGGGCUUGACCCUGCGACAAGUACAUCAGGUUCUGAACCAGUUACAAGUGCAAGGCAAGACAGGAGGGGGUACGGUGGGAGGGGGAGGUGGUGGCUUGUCCCUGAAGCUGCUUGGCUCGGGGCAAGCGGGGGUGGCGGGGGCCAGAUCAACCUUUGUGCUGCAGCAGGAGAAGGAGCCCUCCUGACCUCCUGGGGC